GGACUCAAGUAGGCCCAGGGUCUAUUGUUUUGUUCGAUUUACUAGUUUGCUGUCAAGAAAAAUGGCGGAACCAUCGUUGGAGUUCAAACUGGAUGAAGAUUUCCUGUUCAUCCUAAAUUUCGCCCGGAGCAGCAUGUAUCUGUUCCAGAAUCGACCGGUCGAGCGAAGUUUGAUUGAAUCCUGGUUCGAGAAGCUCUGUCUUGAAAUCUACCGCGGAAUCGACAACAAGCGGUUGAGGAACCUUUACCUGGUCAAAUUGGUCACCUGCAUCCAGUCAGGAAUCCUGUUGGAUCCGUUCCUGUCGAAACCUCCGUCCGUAUCGCUGGAAGCCCUACCGCAAUCGAUUGCACCGUCUAACCUGGAUGAACCUCCCUGGUUGAAGGCAUUCGAAACCGAAGCAGCUGCAGCAGCGAUGGGCGAAGCCGGUAUGGCGAAGGACUUUUCCAGUUAUUUUUGUUCGAAACAACUGGACGACGGGAGAGGUCUCUGCGCAUAUCUGGCCGUUUCCGUGGCGGAUGAAGGUGAAAAGCCUCGGUGGUUUGAGAUGGGAUCGGGCAAACCGUUGCUGCUGGCCGAGUUGGAUGAGGAAAUUGAGGAAGCAUUCCAGCAGUUUAUGGGCCACCAAGAGGAACGAGAUUUGGAAGAGAGCGGUGGAACGGGUGAAUACAGCGAGCGACUGUUAGAGGCCAUGAGGAACGAACUGACCGGACAGGCAGCUGCUGGAGAUGAUGUGCAGCUGGACAAUCUACUGCUGGAGUUUGAAGCGUGCAUGGCCAACAAGUCGAUGGGUCGGGAGCUGGAAGACUACAACCAGGGUCAGAAGAGGGCCUUCAUGUUGGGAUAUUUGGAGAAGAAGUUGAGCCUGCAGCUGGAAGAGAAGGGCUAUGUUCACUGAAGACUAAAUUGAUGUUCUGGUUAUUUUGUUUCAGAAUUAAACGGUUAAUUGGUUGUCUAAUAUGUGUCUGUUUGGAGCAGGAAUUAUAAAAAACUAUAUUCUGUUUUUGCUCGAUUUUGUUUUUAUUUUGGAUUUCACCCUCAUGUAGGAUAGGUACAGAAUUUUUAAUACCACCUGAAUUUUAUUUGAUUUUUUUUUUAACAAUUGGUUGCUA